AUGGACGCCGCCGCGCUCCGAACCCGCAUCCAUGCCACCCUUGACGCAAAUGCGGAUGUCCGGCGGCAGGCAGAGCAAGAGCUGCGAUCGGCCGAAGAGCAGACUGGCUUUCUCGAUGCACUGCUCAACAUCCUCGAGCAAGAACAGGAGAAUGGCGUGCGCCUGUCCACUGCCGUCUACUUCAAGAACCGCGUCAAUAAGGGCUGGGCCAAGGUCGAAGACUCGCAGACCACUACUGCUACAAUCGGUGACGAUGAAAAGGCCGCUGUCCGCGCGCGACUCGUGCCUGUUAUUGCUAAAGCCCCUCCAAACAUCCGACCCCAAUUGAUCGUCGCCCUGCAAAAGAUCUUACACUGUGACUUCCCCAAGCAGUGGCCCGACUUCGUCAGCGUUACCAUCAACCUCCUCAACUCGAACGAUGUGUCUGCAAUUUUUGCUGGUCUGCAAUGUCUGCUGGCCAUCUGCAGAACGUAUCGAUUCAAGCUGGGUGACUCGCGAGGCGACUUUGACAAGAUUGUGGAGGCAACAUUCCCGCAGCUCCUCAGGAUCGGAAACAGCCUGGUCGAUGAGACGAACUUGGAGGCAGGAGAAAUGCUGAGAACAGUACUCAAGGCCUACAAGCAUGCUAUCUACUUCGAACUGCCGAUGCAGCUACGAUCACAUCAAGCCAUGGUCGAUUGGUGCACGCUGUUCCUGCGUGUCGUCGCAAAGCCACCUCCAGAGAACUCGAUGAUGGAGGAUGUUGAUGAGCGAGAGCUGAAUCACUGGUGGAAGUGCAAGAAGUGGGCAUAUGUCAACCUCAAUAGGCUCUUCGUGAGAUACGGCAACCCAGCAAGUCUACAAAAGGGCAACGGCGAGGACUAUACACAAGUGGCGAAGAGCUUCAUCUCCACCUUUGCACCUGAGAUUCUGAAAGGAUACCUGGCACAGAUUGAGCUCUGGGUGCAGAAGAAGAUCUGGUUGAGCAAGCCAUGCCUAAGCUAUACUCUUGGUUUCCUGGAUGAGUGCGUCAAGCCGAAGGCCAUGUGGGAUCAUCUCAAGCCACACAUGCCUAUCCUCAUCGAGCACCUGCUCUUCCCUGUUCUCUGCCAAAGCGACGACGAUCUGGCACAAUUCGAGGAAGAACCAGCAGAGUAUCUGCACCGAAAGCUAAAUUUCUACGAAGAAGUCUCGGCCCCGGAUGUUGCGGCCACCAACUUCCUCGUCACGCUGACCAAGGCGCGCAGAAAGCAGACGUUCGAAGUGUUGUCGUUCAUCAACAACAUUGUCAACAAGUACGAGGCUGCUCCAGAUGACCAGAAGAAUCCGCGUGAGAAGGAAGGUGCGCUUCGCAUGAUUGGUACUCUGGCCAACGUCAUCCUGGGCAAGAAAAGCCCAAUCGCCGACCAGGUCGAAUACUUCUUUGUGCGACAUGUAUUCCCAGAGUUCCGCAGUCCUCAUGGCUUCCUCCGAGCUCGUGCGUGCGACACUCUUGAGAAGUUCGAAAGCCUCGACUUCAAGGAUCCUGGCAAUCUCACCAUCAUUUAUCGCAACAUCCUCGAAUCGAUGGCCGACCCAGAACUGCCUGUUCGUGUUGAGGCUGCUCUCGCCCUUCAACCUCUGAUCAGACACGAUCCUAUUCGAACAAUGAUGCAGCAGAACAUCCCGCAGAUUAUGCAGCAGCUGUUGAAGCUUGCCAACGAGGUCGAUGUCGAUGCGCUCGCAAACGUCAUGGAAGACUUCGUUGAGGUAUUCGCUGCUGAACUUACGCCAUUCGCUGUAGCGCUUAGUGAGCAGCUGCGCGACACGUAUGUUCGUAUAGUUCGCGAGCUCAUCGAACGCAACCAGUCCAAGGACGGAGAUGGCGACUACGGCGACUUUCUCGACGACAAAUCCAUCACUGCGCUUGGAGUGCUCCAGACGAUCGGUACGCUCAUCCUUACUCUGGAGAGCACUCCAGAUGUCUUGGCCCACCUGGAGACCAUUCUCAUGCCUGUCAUUACCAUUACCCUCGAGCAUAAGUUGUACGACCUUUACAAUGAGGUCUUCGAGAUCAUUGACAGCUGCACGUUUGCUGCUAAGACCAUCUCGCCGACCAUGUGGCAGGCAUUUGAGCUCAUCCAUCGCACUUUUAAGUCUGGUGCUGAGCUGUAUCUCGAAGACAUGCUUCCAGCUCUUGAGAACUUCGUCAACUAUGGAUGGAGAACUCUUCUGGAAAACCGCGCAUACCUCGAUGCUAUCGUCGACAUGGUACGCACCAUCUUCAAAGAUGACAAGGUUGGUGGCGUCGACCGAAUUUGCGGCUGCAAGCUUGCCGAAAUCCUCAUGCUUAAUCUGAAAGAGGGCAUUGACAACUAUGUGCCCGAGUUCAUUCAGCUUGCCAUGAGCGUCCUCGCGUCUGAUGAGCUCAAGGUCAAGUCGUAUAGAAUACACCUGAUGGAGAUGGUCAUCAAUGCCAUUUACUACAAUCCGCGACUAUCGCUUAAUGUCCUCGAGGCAAAUGGCUGGACGAAUAAGUUCUUCAGCUUGUGGUUCUCGAGCAUUGACAGCUUCACGCGAGUGCACGACAAAAAGCUUUCGAUUGGUGCGAUCACUGCACUAUUGACGCUGCGAGCUGAGGAAGUGCCUCAAAGCGUACAACAGGGAUGGCCAAGACUGCUUCAGGGCAUUGUCCGACUUUUCCAGACUCUACCUGCUGCACUCAAGAAUAGAGAAGAGGCGCAAAGAGAUGAAGACUUCGGUCUCUCUGGUGACUAUGAUGACGAUGACGAGGAAGAAGAGGAGUGGGAGGCUGAAGAUUGGGAGGCCGAGGAAGAAGCCGAGACAACUGACAUCAAGGACGAAUCCACAGCCUACCUCGACUUCCUCUCCCAGCAAGCAAGCAAGUUCAACGCCGCUGUCGGCGAAGACGAAGGUGAUGAUGAGCUCGAAGAAGAAAGUCUUCUGGAAACGCCUCUCGACUCCAUGGAACCGUAUGGCCUCCUCAAGCGGACACUCGAGAGCAUGUCGCAACAGCAGCCACAAUUCUACCAGCAGCUCACUGGUAUGCUAGGCCCUGAGGAGAGCCAGGUCGUCAAAGCCGCCCUUGAGCAGGCAGACAAGAUCCAGACUCAAGCGCAACAACAAGCCGGUGCUGAAGGAGCUGCUGUUAUACCUGCCCAGCAGGCGAACGGAACGAGUUGA